UGGCUUGUCAGCAGAGUUUGGAAAGAGAAGAGGUCUGAGAAAAUGGCCAUCGUGGAAGAACCAUAAGCCAAUUUGAGCUGCCACGUCACCUCUUGUUCCUGUCUUCAUAUCCUUUUGUUCUGAAUUCCUUCCAAAUCCGCAAACCCAUAUGCUCUCUCUCUCCCUCUCUAGAAAUCUCUUUCUCUCUGUCUAGAUUUCAGUAUCAGAAGAAACCAUGAAUAUCUUCAGGUUCGCCGGCGAUAUGACCCACUUGAUCAGUAUCGUGGUUCUUCUUCUCAAAAUUUAUGCUACCAAAUCAUGUUCCGGGAUUUCGCUUAAGACUCAGGAACUCUACGCACUCGUGUUUCUGACUCGCUAUAUGGAUCUGUUUACGGAUUUCAUUUCCGUUUAUAACACAGUGAUGAAGCUUGUAUUCAUAGCUAGCUCUCUGGCUAUCGUCUGGUACAUGCGGGUGCACCCAAUGGUGAAGCGCACCUCCGACAAACAACUCGAUACGUUUCGCCAUUAUUUCCUUGUUGGGGGAUGCUUUGUUUUAGCUCUUAUUCUAAACGAGAAGUAUACAUUUCGAGAGGUCUUCUGGGCAUUUUCAAUAUACUUGGAGGCUCUGGCCAUUGUUCCCCAGUUGGUUUUGUUGCAACGAAGUGGGAAUGUCGACAAUUUGACAGGGCAAUAUGUGUUCUUUCUAGGAGCCUACCGUGGAUUCUACAUCCUGAACUGGAUCUAUCGCUAUUUCACAGAAGCACGUUUCAGUCGAUGGAUAGCUUGCAUCUCUGGUCUGGUUCAGACUGCUUUGUAUGCUGAUUUCUUCUACUACUACUUCAUAAGCUGGAAAAACAAUUCCAAGCUUCAACUCCCAGCCUGAUCCAGAGAGGGAUUGAUUCUAGCAUAGGGUUCUUACAUUUAAUUGAUAAUAGGAUACAAGGAAGAAAGGAAUACAAAACUCCCAAAUCUUUUACUUGAUACAGCAACCUCGACUUUAUCCGUGAGGAAAAAGUUUUAGGCUUUUGGGGUGUGGAUUUGUUGUCUCAAACGGCACCUUCAACUUUUCAGAUGAGAAUACCUAUGUUCAUUUGUGAUGACAGGUUUUGAUGUUGUUAUUGAAGUGUGUUCAUCACUUUUCACUUGUGAAAGCUAUGUUAGGAGGUUUUGGCUAACAAUAUAGUUAAUUGAUUAGGGACAGCACAUUUAUAUCUUACCUGUUAAAGUUAUGUUGACAGUACAAUAUGAUUAACCAAAAAUACUGUACUUGGGGUUUUUUUUACCGAAACUCUUACUACCCACACACAUUAAGGGGAACAACCACACGUAGGGUUUUAUUACCUUUUUUGGUAUUGUGGAAUGUGGAACUGUCAAAUGUUUGAAUUAUGCGUACUGUGUGCCAUCUGUUUUCCAA